UCGAACGAUGGUCAGUUCAGUGUCUAGAGCAGCCCUCCCCCUCCUCAUUUGCCUGGCGGCGGUGGCGCAAGCCACUCUUCCGACCCGCCAGAUCCCAAUGGAGGACACCUAUCACCGCCAUCCCAAUGCGAGCUACGAACGGCUCCUGGAGCUGCCCUCCCUGGGUCCCGAGUUCUACCGCCAGUUCCGGAACAUUUCCGCCUCCGAUCUCCAUCUCCUAGAUGGACGCCUCAACCAGCAGGAUCUGGUGUGCUUGGCAGACUUGGCCCAGUUCAUGGGGAGCCUGGCCUCGCCCAAGCUGUGGGCCCUUUCCAUGCUGGACUCGUGGGGCAGCAAGCCCUCGGGUUUCCUAUACGGUAACCGCGUCGACAUGGGCAACUAUGAGCAGUGCCUCCGUGUGGAUGGAACCAUCUCGGAGACGCACCACAUAAAAGGGAAAUACUGCUUUCUGGAACUGCCCAUCGCCAAGUGGCUGGGCUUCAACUCGGACUUCUUGGCGGAGACCAACAUAAAAACCGCCGUGUGCUUUCCCUCCUCCUGUUCUGCCGAGACCAUGGAGGUCUUCCUGAAGCAGCUCCUCCAGCGUCUCCUGGGCACCGGCGACCUCGACAAGCUCUUUUACAUCAACGAACAGUCCUGCCAGACCAGCGAGAGCGAUCCCCUCGACGGUCUCACCAUCUUCACAAUUGUGUUCCUGUCCAUCUUCUGUGCCGUGGUGGCGCUGUGCACUCUCUACGACUACUUCCUGUGCCCGGAUCAGGGCAAGCUUCCCCGGCUGGUGAAGGUCUUCUCGGCCCGUGCCACUUCCCGCGAGCUGUUCGCCAUCGUGGACCCCAAGGCGACUCCCAAUGUGAUCCAGUGCCUCAACGGCAUGCGCUGCCUGUCCCUGAUCUGGGUGGUACUCGGGCACGAGUACAUUAUCAAUAUCAUGGCUAUGGCCAUCAACCAGGUGGACAACCUUCGAUGGAUGGGAAAGCCCUUUUCCAGUUUGAUCCUCUUCGCUCCAUUUUCGGUGGACACCUUCUUCUUCCUCAGCGGUUUCCUGCUCGUGGCAAUUGGCCUUCGAGCUCUGGAGAAGAGCAAGGGCAGGCUGAAUGUGCCUCUGAUGUACCUUCAUCGCUACCUGCGCCUCACCCCAAUCGUUGCAGUGGCCAUCCUUGUCUACAUGAAGGUGCUGCCGCUCUUGGCCGCUGGUCCUAUGUACGAGAAAGCCGGCUUCUUUGACUACUCUUUGUGCAAGGACACCUGGUACUGGACAUUGCUCUACGUGCAAAACUAUGCCACCACUGAUGUUUGCCUUGAACACACCUGGUACCUGGCCGUGGACAUGCAACUAUACCUCCUGGCACCCAUCCUGCUCAUCGUGCUUUACAAGUGGGGCAAGAAGGGCGCCGCAGCCAUCCUCCUGGUCAUGCUGCUGCUCUCCGCCUGCCUCUUUGCCACCAUCAUGACCAACGACUAUAAGAUUCUCUUCAAGAAUGGUGGUCAGCUUCCGGACGUGGCCAAGAAGAUCUACUCUGCGACUCACACGCAUGCAGCUCCCUGGUUGGUGGGCACCCUGUUUGGCUACUUCAUGCACCUGGUCCGCGGCAAGCAGUUGCGCCUCAACGGGCUGGCCGUGUGGACCGGAUGGCUACUUUGCCUGGCAAUGAUCUUCACCUCGCUCUUCGCCAUGUUCCCGUAUGCAAAGUUGCUGGGACCCUCACCCACGGUGCUGGAGGGAGCGCUCUACUACACCCUGACCCGCAUCGGCUGGCCCCUGGCCCUCUGCUGGGUGGUCUUUGCCUGCGUCCAGGGAUACGGUGGCCUGGCCAACAGCUUCCUCUCCUCGCCACUGUGGCAGCCACUGUCCAGGCUGUCUUACUCCGCCUACGUCUGGCACAUCUUCAUCCAGGAGGUGAAUCACAGGCGCGUGCGAUCAAAUACUUACUUCUCGGACUACGACGUGAUGUGCAACUUCUGGGCCACUUUUGGCUUCACCCUCUUAAUGGCCUAUGUGAUGUACGUGGUCGUGGAGGCUCCGCUGGGAGGCCUGGAGGGGCUGCUAAUGCCCAGUCGAAAGAGUCCAGGGAAGCAGCCACCUGCACCGGCUCAAGAGGAGCUACAUGAGGAGCAGAAGGAGCCCCAGCGCCCAGAGUUCUCCCAGACUGAAGAUACAGAAGCGGUUACCUCGAAGACAGCUGCAGGCUAAUAAAUACGAGGGUGGGCUGAUAAAUAGUCGGCCUAACAGAGAAAAAAAUUGUUUUUUAAUUCAUAAAUAUUUUAUUCGAUUAGUGUUUUCUAUUAGCUGAUUACUGUGAAAGUUUCAUGCGGUUUUAUCAACACAGGUAAUUUUGGC